AUGCAUAAGCUGACUCAGCUUCUGAGGUACCGCAAAACCGAAGACGAACUUGUGGAAAGUCCGUCAGUUGACCUGACGUUAAGUUUCUCUGCCGGUGGAUGGCUUCAGAUGUAUCAUUUUGGCGGAGCUCAGGCAAUUGUCGACAGCGGGUUGCUGGAGAAGCUGGCUGCAGAGGGGAAACGUGUUAGGUUCUGUGGAUGCAGUGCCGGAUCGCUAGCGGCAACGAUGCUCGUGUCAAAGAUGCAUUGCUUUGAAAAGGUCCGAGAGCGGGUCAUCAUGUACGGCGAGCACUACAGGUCUUCAUGGAUAUACCUUUUUUGUAUGAUCAAUUAUCUGAAGGAUUCGUUGGAUAUGUUUGGAAAACACAUGAGGGAUCUGGAAAAUAAUCCCGAGCUAAAUGGAAAGUUGAACGAUGGGUCGCUAGAGAUUUAUGUCACUAAACUCCCCUAUAUAAAAGGGAAGGUGAUAACUACCUUUAAAAACUACGAUGAGAUCGUGGAAAGCAUGCUCGCAUCUUGCUGCUUGGCGCCACUAGUGGGCAUGCCGUUCAAACUGAGGAGUACCGGCGAGUGGGUGUGUGACGGCGCCCUCACAACAGUAACGCCCCGCAUGGGCGAGCCCAGCACCAUCACCGUGUCACCCUUUUACUACAGUUCAGCAACCAUACACCCUACCGUUUUUGUCCCUGUGUGGUGGGGACUUUGCCCUCCAGCUGAGGCAACUCACCGCGAUCUCUUUACAUUGGGAUAUAAUGACAUGCUUAAAGGACUAAUGGCUUGUGGGCACGUCUCAAAGGAGGUGGGCGAACCGCUGCUAAAACCAGAUGUGAGUGGUACCUUCAAAGAUAUGAAACGAAUCGGGAUCUUUCACCAUUGGGCGGGUCGACCUCUUCUGCUGUUUGUGCGCCUUGUGGUUUGUUUUUUCAUAUACUUUGAACUAUGCCUUGCGUGCAUGGCUUGUAUUAUGCGUUCCCUGCUACGUGUUGACCGCGAGCCGCUUCGCAAUAUGCGGGCCAAUGUGGUAAACAUGUUGACAUUCAGGACGCUUCGCCGCCUUUUGUUCAACCAAGAUGUGCAAGGGAGCGAUCAGCACCUCGAGAGGACCUCGUGCAUAUUCCGGGUCUUCAGACCAAUUGUAUUGUAA